AAGGGUGGCGCCAUAGGCGGUUGCUUCGGACGAGGAGAGAACAGUCGCGCGCCGGCCGCCGCCAGGACUAGAUUCGCGUGUUCGUUGUUCGGUAAGUCGCUUCCUGCUUCUCUUGUUUUCCCAGAGUUGUUCGUGUAGUUUCGAGAGCUCGCGAGGCGCCGCGGCGUCGCGUUCCUCGAUCGCCGUCUCUCUCCUCCCGCAAGCUCGAUUGUCCGUUUCGAAUAUAAGUAUCGAGGGGCUGAGAAAGCGGAAAUAUGCCUGUCGAACAGUUUCAGCUGUCCAAUCGUCGACGGUUAGCCGGAGGAUAAUAAUAUUUUCACCCGUUAAACAACCGAUGCGGGAUAAUUCUCGAGGGGACAACAACCGCCGACAACUGCGUUCCGAGAGAAGGAGCGAGUAGUGGAAGCGGAAGUGGUUUUAGGAAGGGCUGGCGAAGGGCUGGCGGAAGGCUGGCGGUCCGAGAUGAGCGAUGAAGGGGGGCCUGGGCUGCCUGCUAGCCUCCGUCUUCGUAGUUCACAUCGUCAACGUGAACGGACUGCCGCCGGUGGUGAAAAUCGGUGCCAUAUUCACUCAUGACCAAAAAGAUAGCAGCACCGAACUGGCGUUCAAGUACGCGGUGUACAAGAUCAACGAGGACCGGACCAUUCUGCCCCACACAACCCUCGCCUACGACAUCCAGUACGUGCCGAGAGAUGACUCGUUCCACGCUUCGAAAAAAGCCUGCGAACAGGUCAAGUUUGGAGUCCAGGCGGUCUUCGGUCCGUCGGAUCCGAUCCUGGGUCAACACAUUCACAGCAUCUGCGACGCCCUGGACAUACCGCACCUGGAGGCGAGGUUGGACCUGGAGGCCGAGGCGAAGGAGUUCAGCAUCAACCUUCACCCGGCGCAGACUCUUCUCAACACCGCCUAUCAGGACGUCAUGGGUUUCCUCAACUGGACGAAGGUGGCGAUCAUCUACGAGGACGAUUACGGUCUCGUUAAGCUCAGGGAGCUCGUUCGCAGUCCGAGGUCCCGGGACAUGGAGAUCCAUCUGAGACAGGCGGGUCCCGAGUCAUAUCGUCAGGUCCUCACGGAGAUCAAGACGAAGGAGAUACGGAACCUGGUCGUCGACACGAAGCCCGAGCACAUGCACCACUUUCUGCGAACGAUACUGCAGCUUCAGAUGAACGACUACAAUUAUCACUAUCUGUUCGCAACGUUCGACAUCGAAACGUUCGACCUCGAGGACUUCAAGUACAACUUCGUCAACAUGACCGCGUUCCGACUUGUCGACGCUGACGACGUUGGGGUCAGGGGCGUACUCAGGGACAUGGAGAAAUUUCAACAGACCGGAAACACGAUACUCAACAAAUCUCGGGUCAUUCAGGCGGAACCAGCCCUGAUGUACGACAGCGUCCAGGUUUUCGCCGUGGGCCUCAGGACCCUGGAACAAUCGCACGCCCUUCGCCCAGCGAAUUUAUCUUGCGAGCUGGAACACCCAUGGGACGGUGGCCUCUCCCUUAUCAACUACAUAAACUCGGUUGAGCUGAAGGGAAUUUCUGGACCGAUAGAGUUCAAAGAGGGACGCCGCAUUCAGUUCAAACUCGAUUUACUCAAACUCAAGCAGCACUCGCUCGUCAAGGUGGGCGAAUGGCGACCAGGUUCCGGCAUCAACGUCACCGACAGGGCGGCUUUCUUCGAGCCAGGAAUCGCCAACGUUACCCUCGUCGUCAUAACAAUUUUGGAGACGCCCUACGUGAUGAUGCAUUACGAGAAAAAUUAUACGGGGAAUUCACGGUUUUACGGAUUUUGCGUCGACCUGCUCAAAGUGCUCGCCAAGGAGGUCGGAUUCUCGUAUCGAAUGGAGCUGGUUCCGGACCGGAAAUACGGGGCGAGGGACCCCGAGACAGGCGAGUGGAACGGCAUCGUCAAUGAACUCAUGCGACAUAAAGCGGACUUGGCCGUCGGUUCGAUGACGAUAAACUACGCGAGAGAAAGCGUGAUCGACUUCACAAAGCCGUUUAUGAAUUUGGGGAUAUCAAUCUUGUUCAAGGUUCCAACCAGCCACCCGGCUCGACUUUUCUCCUUCAUGAAUCCCCUGGCGAUCGAGAUAUGGCUCUACGUCUUAGCGGCGUACGUUCUCGUCUCGGUGACGAUGUUCGUCGUCGCUCGCUUCAGCCCCUACGAAUGGAACAACCCUCAUCCCUGUCACGCGGGGCCAGACAUAGUCGAGAACCAAUUUUCGAUGGCGAACAGCUUCUGGUUCACGAUCGGCACCCUGAUGCAACAGGGGAGCGACCUCAAUCCGAAGGCAACCAGCACCAGGAUAGUCGGCGGUAUCUGGUGGUUCUUCACCCUGAUAAUAAUAUCGUCGUACACCGCAAAUUUGGCGGCGUUUCUGACCGUCGAGAGGAUGAUAACGCCGAUCGAGAACGCGGAGGACCUCGAAGGGCAGACGGACAUCGUAUACGGGACGCUGGAUAGCGGAAGUACGAUGACCUUCUUCAGGGACUCGAUGAUAGAGACUUACAAGAAGAUGUGGCGGUUCAUGGAGAACAAGAAACCCUCGGUUUUUGUGCCGACCUACGAAGAGGGGAUACGGCGCGUCCUUCAGGGCGACUACGCCUUCCUCAUGGAGUCCACGAUGCUCGACUACAUCGUACAGAGAGACUGCAAUCUCACGCAAAUCGGCGGGCUGCUGGACAGCAAGGGAUACGGCAUCGCAACGCCGAUGGGAUCGCCCUGGAGGGACAAAAUAUCGCUGGCAAUCCUUGAGCUGCAGGAGAAGGGAGAGAUCCAGAUGCUGUACGACAAAUGGUGGAAGAGUCCAGGCGACACGUGCAUGAGGACCGAGAAAGGGAAGGAGAGCAAAGCCAACGCCCUAGGCGUCGACAAUAUAGGCGGAGUAUUCGUCGUCCUUCUCUGCGGUCUCGCAUUCGCAGUUCUUGUUGCGAUAUUCGAGUUCUGCUACAACUCUAAAAGAAACGCACCACCGCCCGCCGAACGACAACGGCCAACGGGACCUCCGACCUGCUCCGGUUCCCUGCAAGGCAUUCCUCAGGCGACACAGCAACAGCAACAGCAACAGCAGAAUUCCAACCCCCAGGAAUCGCUGUGCUCUGAAAUGGCUCGAGAGCUCUGUCUGGCGAUUCGCUGCAAUUCUUCAAAGCGCAGAAGACGGGGAUGCGAAAAAUGCUCGUCAAACAGAGGAUCUGGUUACCUCCAAGAAAAUCAAACCCCCACACCGAUUAACGGGAUGAGGUCACAGAUCGAACGUCGAAAGAGUUUGUAUCGAUGGAAGUUUGCUCGUUCCUGCAGUUGGUUUAGGAGUAGCUUGGGGGGCGCCAUCGACCUUCCACCCCACAUUCACAUGCAUCACGGACUUUCGCACGACUUCGACGUUGAUUACGAUUGAAGAUGGCAACAAGUCCGAAGUUCUUCGUCAUUCUUCGUUUUACUUUUGACAAAUUUUCACCCGAAUUUUUCUCCUAGCGUGGUUGAAAAUUUCACGCUUUACGUAAACUUGAGCAAAACUAUGUCAUUUCAAUCGUUCAUUACUUAUUCAUUUUUCCAGCCGUUCAACCGUAAGCGUUAAUUCUGUUUUCUGGUACAUUCUAAUGCGGUCGGUACACGCGCGGUAGAUAAAUCCGUACGAUCUCAGGCAGUUAUUCGUGGUUUCACCGUCCUUUGCCCGAUCAAUUGUCUCAGAUCUAUAAACGGAUUUACAACUCACGUUUGCUGAUUGAUCAGAGCCGAGUACAAUUGAGUUCACUGCACAGAAUUAUUGUAAUAUGUAAUUAUAAACGAUUUAGAGGAGUUGAGUUGAAAUUGUGAUUGUUAUUGUUGGAACGACGAUACCAUGUGAACUAUAGUACCUCUUGAUACACAUGACGUGUUUUACACGUCGUGUAUAACGAACAAUAUAAUAUACAGGUGAAUGGUAAUGACGAAUCCAAAUCGCGAUCAUGAUAUAUAUUUAUUGUAAAUAAAUAGUCGGUAUACAUGUAUACAUACGGAUUUAGUAUGUAUAACGAUAAGCGAGAACUUGUCUAGUUUAUACAUUUGAAUUUAAAUGUGUAAUUACUAUUGUGUAAUAUCAUAAUAAGACGAUGAAUGUUAGUAUUAAAGAGUACAACUUACAAUAUUUA